GUUGGUGUAUCCAUUUAAUUCAAGAAAAUGGAGACCGAGCAGCCAGAAGAAACCUUCCCCAACACUGAAACCAAUGGUGAAUUUGGUAAACGCCCUGCAGAAGAUAUGGAAGAGGAGCAAGCCUUUAAAAGAUCUAGAAAUACUGAUGAGAUGGUUGAACUGCGCAUUUUGCUUCAGAGCAAGAAUGCUGGUGCAGUGAUUGGGAAAGGAGGCAAGAACAUUAAGGCUCUGCGUACAGACUACAAUGCCAGUGUUUCAGUCCCAGACAGCAGUGGCCCCGAGCGCAUACUGAGUAUCAGUGCUGAUAUUGAAACAAUUGGAGAAAUUCUGAAGAAAAUCAUCCCUACCUUGGAAGAGGGCCUGCAGUUGCCAUCACCCACUGCAACCAGCCAGCUCCCGCUCGAAUCUGAUGCUGUGGAAUGCUUAAAUUACCAACACUAUAAAGGAAGUGACUUUGACUGCGAGUUGAGACUGUUGAUUCAUCAAAGUCUGGCAGGAGGAAUUAUUGGUGUCAAAGGUGCUAAAAUUAAAGAACUUCGAGAAAACACUCAGACAACAAUCAAGCUUUUCCAGGAAUGCUGCCCUCACUCUACUGACAGAGUUGUUCUUAUUGGAGGAAAGCCUGAUAGGGUUGUAGAGUGCAUCAAGAUCAUCCUUGACCUUAUAUCUGAGUCUCCCAUCAAAGGACGUGCACAGCCUUAUGAUCCCAACUUUUAUGAUGAAACCUAUGAUUAUGGUGGUUUUACAAUGAUGUUUGAUGACCGCCGUGGACGUCCUGUGGGAUUUCCCAUGCGGGGAAGAGGUGGUUUUGACAGAAUGCCUCCUGGUCGGGGUGGGCGUCCCAUACCUCCCUCUAGAAGAGAUUAUGAUGAUAUGAGCCCUCGUCGAGGACCUCCACCACCACCUCCUGGUCGUGGUGGCCGGGGUGGCAGCAGAGCUCGGAAUCUUCCUCUUCCUCCACCACCACCUCCCAGAGGGGGAGAUCUAAUGGCUUACGACAGAAGAGGAAGGCCUGGAGACCGCUAUGAUGGCAUGGUUGGGUUCAGUGCUGAUGAAACUUGGGACUCUGCAAUUGACACAUGGAGUCCAUCAGAAUGGCAGAUGGCUUAUGAACCACAGGGUGGUUCUGGAUAUGAUUAUUCCUAUGCAGGGGGUCGUGGCUCAUAUGGUGAUCUUGGCGGACCUAUUAUUACCACACAAGUAACUAUUCCCAAAGAUUUGGCUGGAUCUAUUAUUGGCAAAGGUGGUCAGCGGAUUAAACAAAUCCGUCAUGAGUCAGGAGCAUCAAUCAAAAUUGAUGAGCCUUUGGAAGGAUCUGAAGAUCGGAUUAUUACCAUCACAGGAACACAGGACCAGAUACAGAAUGCACAGUAUUUGCUGCAGAACAGUGUGAAGCAGUAUUCUGGAAAGUUUUUCUAAGACUAGUGAAGAACUGAAGGAGUCCUGCAUCUUUUUUUUUAUCUGCUUCUGUUUAAAAAGCCAACAUUCCUCUGCUUCAUAGGUGUUCUGCAUUUGAGGUGUAGUGUUGACAAGAUGUAUAAUGUUUUAGUUACUUACAGGGUUGGGGGGAGGGCAUGCAAAAACAAACAUUAAAAAUUUGA